GGUUGGCCAUUUCAACUCGGAUCGUUUCCCAUUCUCCGGACCGCUGCCUCUGUCUCUCUCUCUUCCUCUCCCGUCGAUUAAAGUGACUUUUGAUCGGAUUUCUGUUCUAGGGAAAGCUCGCGUUCUCGAAAAUCUCAGCGAAGAGGGCUAAAUAAGCAAGGAGCAGUUCCUUCGAUUUGUCAUCAUGAAUCAAGAGUAUGAUUAUCUUUUUAAGCUUUUGCUUAUUGGAGACUCUGGUGUUGGCAAAUCAUGCCUUCUCCUAAGAUUUGCAGAUGAUUCAUACUUGGAGAGUUAUAUCAGUACCAUUGGAGUUGAUUUUAAAAUACGCACUGUUGAGCAAGACGGGAAGACCAUUAAGCUUCAAAUUUGGGACACAGCUGGGCAAGAACGGUUCAGAACAAUCACCAGCAGCUACUAUCGUGGUGCCCAUGGGAUCAUCGUGGUUUAUGAUGUGACAGACCAGGAGAGCUUCAAUAACGUGAAGCAAUGGCUGAAUGAAAUUGAUCGCUAUGCCAGUGAUAACGUAAACAAGCUUCUUGUUGGAAACAAAUGUGAUCUUACUGCGAAAAAAGUUGUAUCGUACGAGACUGCAAAGAGUUUUGCUGAUGAGAUUGGAAUACCAUUCAUGGAGACAAGUGCCAAGGAUGCUACUAAUGUUGAGCAGGCUUUCAUGGCCAUGACUGCAGAUAUUUGGAACAGGAUGGCGAGUCAGCCGGCAAUGAACAACGCAAGACCUCCAACUGUUCAAAUCCGUGGACAACCCGUCAAUCAGAACUCCAGCUGCUGUUCUUCAUAAGUUUACCGCACCUCCUUUGCUUAUUGGUUUGUAAACUCCAGUCGUCAGUUUUAUAUUGAAUUUUGAUGGUUAACGCAUCUACUUACUGAUCUUAGUCUCAUUAGACCCUGUUCUACCAUAUUAUUCUUU